AUGUCGGGUCCAGCUGAGGUGCCCGCUGCUGCUGUGUACGUGAGGGCCUCACCAGGAGGGGAGCGAGAUCUGAAGAAAGGGUGGAAAACUCCCUUGUUGGACUCCGUGUGGGAGUUGACUGUCCUGAGUCCCUCCUGGGACAGUGGGCAGCAGAGGACUGGACAGUUGACAUUGAAUGAUGUGGUCAUCGAAUUCUCUCCAGAAGAGUGGGAAUGCCUGGACCCUGCUCAGAGGGCCUUGUACAGGGACGUGAUGCUGGAGACCUACAGGAACCUGAUCUCUGUGGAUAUUUCUCAUAUACACGUGAUAAGGAAAUUACAACUAAAAUCAAACAUUGAUAAAGGAGGAGUAUUCCAAACAGUGAUUUUGGGAAGACAUGAAAUCCAGGAAAUCAAACCUUUUUACCUCUCGGAAAUACAGGAGAAUAUGUUUGACUUUGGAUUUCAGUGGAGACAUGAUGAAAGAAAUUACAGAAAUAUCCCUACAUCCCAUAACCAAAAUGUCACUGAUAGAAGAAGUCAACAUGGUGGAAGGGAUUUGGGAAACAGCCAUAUUGGAAAUAGACUUGUGUUAAGCCUUCAGGAUGAACUGCAUAUGUUUAAAAGUAAACAGAAAAUUGAUGAUUUUCAUAAAGCUAAUAAGAGUAUCAGCAGUACUUCCUCAUUUUCACCAGUUGAAGGAAUUUCUCCUCCUGUCCAAACCAACAUUUCUAAUAUAUAUUUUAUGCAUCCUUCAAUACUGACACAAGACCAGAGCCCACACAGGGAAAUACCUUACAAAUGUAAUGAGUAUGGCAAAACGUUUCAUCAGGGCUCAAAUCUCAGGAGUCAUCAGAGAAUCCAUAUAGGAGAGAAAUUACAUAAAUGUGAUGUAUGUGACAAGGUCUUUAGCCGAAAUUCAGAUCUUGUAAUUCAUCAAAGAAUUCAUACUGGAGAGAAACCUUACAAAUGUAAUGAGUGUGGCAAGGUCUUUAGUACAAAAGGAAAGCUUUCAGUUCAUCAGAGAAUUCAUACAGGAGAGAAACCUUACAAAUGUAAUGAGUGUGGUAAAACCUUUAAUCAGAGCUCAAUCCUCACUCGACAUCGGAUAAUCCAUACAGGAGAGAAAUUACAUAAAUGUGAUGUAUGUGACAAGGUCUUUAGUCAAAAUUCAGACCUUGUAAUCCAUCAAAGAGUUCAUACUGGAGAGAAACCUUAUGAAUGUAAUGAGUGUGGCAAGGUCUUUAGUCAGAAAAGAAAGCUUUCAGUUCAUCAGAGAAUUCAUACUGGAGAGAAACCUUACAAAUGUAAUGACUGUGGUAAAACCUUUAAUCAGAGCUCAACCCUCAGUCGACAUCGGAUGAUCCAUACAGGAGAGAAAUUACAUAAAUGUGAUGUGUGUGCCAAGGUCUUCAGUCAAAAUCCAGACUUUGUAACUCAUCAGAGAAUUCAUACUGUGGAGAACCCUUAA